UUGCAGAGUCACCGCAGUGGCUGAGCUGCUGACAGGAGGCGGCGGCGGAGGAGGAGGCGAGGCAAGACCUGCGGCUCCCUCCGCGGGGCUACUGCCGCGGUAGCUCUAGGCAACUCCACGGAGCUACGCCGGUCUCAGUCCUCCCGCGAGUCUCUCGCCGCCUAUCCAUCCUUCCAUCCACCUAUCCGCCCGACUGGUCCAGGGCGGCCUAGUCUGCAUCAUCUGCCGGGCUUCUGGGGCCGCCGCCCCGCGCGGUCCCAUCCGCGUCCCUGGCCGCGCCCGGCCCCUGGCCCUCUCGCUCGCCGGCACCAUGAUGGAGGAGAUCGACCGGUUCCAGGUGCCCACCGCGCACUCGGAGAUGCAGCCGCUGGACCCAGCCGCAGCCUCUAUCUCAGACCGAGACUGUGCCGCGCGGGAGGGUGAGUCAGUAGCCAUGAAUUACAAACCAUCCCCGCUCCAAGUGACGCUGGAGAAGCAAAGGGAGCUGGCCCGGAAGGGCUCCCUGAAGAACGGCAGCAUGGGCAGCCCUGUCAACCAGCAACCCAAGAAGAACAACGUCAUGGCCCGGACGAGGCUGGUCGUCCCUAAUAAAGGCUACUCCUCGCUUGACCAGAGCCCUGAUGAGAAGCCACUGGUAGCUCUUGACACAGACAGCGACGAUGAUUUUGACAUGUCCAGAUACUCUUCGUCUGGCUAUUCCUCUGCAGAGCAGAUCAACCAAGAUUUGAACAUCCAGCUGCUGAAAGAUGGCUACCGGUUAGACGAGAUCCCCGACGACGAGGACCUAGAUCUCAUCCCCCCCAAGUCCGUGAACCCCACCUGCAUGUGUUGUCAGGCCACCUCCUCCACCGCCUGCCACAUUCAGUAGUGGGCGGGGUCGCCGCGGUGCACGGGGCGGCGCUGACCUGGGCCCAAUGGGACGCAGCAGGGGAGACCCCUACCCUGCUGGGCCGCUGGUCCCCAGCCCCGCGCCUCUUACAGCCGCCAACCUCGUAACAGUCAUUGCUUCCUCCUAUGGUAGGACGUGUACCUCUGUGUGUUCAUGGAGCCGGAGAAACCAAAACCGGGUCUGUCGCGAGCCCCGGGGCUGAGGAGGGGUGGGCACUGUUUGUUCUGUUACUUUGGGGGUACCACACCCGAGCACCCUGCCACCUCUCCCAUAGCUGCAGUCAGGGGGCGGCCCUGAAAGCCAGGAGACCAAAUGUAAGCCGUCGGUGAAGGGAUCGCACGGCCUGAAGGUUGGCCCCAGCCAGUGAAGCCAUGAAUCCCCCCCAAGCCCGGCUUGGAAAGGAAGGAAAGGGGCUCCAAACAAUGGGGCAGUUCUCACACCUCAGAGCCCCUCUCCCCAAACCCUGGGCCAGCCCAUACACCGAUUUGUGUUUUCCCCUCAUCUCCAGGCGGGAAGCCUGGCCAUGCUGUCCAAGGGACAGGAUACUGUCCCUCCAUUAGAUCACUCCCUCCACUAGCCCUUUGCCUUGCUUCCUUCCUUUCUGAGUGUUGGGAAGGUAAGAUGGGCCUUAGAAAGAAGCCAGGUUUGGGGAUGGUAUGACCUGUUCUCACAGGUCUCUGACCAGUGCAUCUGUCUCUCUGCCUCAUCCCCACACCGCCACUACCACAGGUCUUCUGUCUGUUGGUUCCAGGCUGGAAGAAAGAGAUAAGGCUGGCGUCCUGUGCCAUUCCCAUUUCACCCUAGCUCAAGGCUGGGAGGCAGGCUUCCAGGAAGGCUCUUCAAGAGCAAGCCUAAGAAAAUACAGUGAACCAAGUGGCUGUAUGUAUAUGGUAUGGUGUGACUGUGUGUGUGUGCGCGCGCGCGCGCGCGCGCGCACGCGUGCGUGUGCAUGCAUGCAUGCACUGUGUGUAUGUGUGUGUGUGCGUGUGCAUGCGUACAUGCACAUGUGUGAGUGCGUGUGUGUGCACGUGCGUGCGUGUGUGCAUGCGUGCAUGCACGUAUGUGUGUGUGUGCGUGUGUGUGUGUGUGUGUUCGCGUGUGCGUGCGUGCGUGCGUGUGUGUGUGUGUGUGUGUGUGUGUGUGUGUGUGUGUGUGUGUGUUGAGCCUGCCUGUCCAGGGCAACCAGGUGAGUGUCUGUGAUGGGGAAAUGGCUGUGGUCUGCUGUCUGUGUGAGAGCCUGCUUGGGAAUGCAGUGUGCACUGAGAACACAGCCCGGCAAUCAGAAGUCUGGGUUCUGGCCCCAGUCUUGGCAUUCUCCCUGAGCUCCCAAGCAAUUCCCAGGCGUCUCCAGGGCUUCAGUUCUCACAACUGGAAAAUAAAGAGUAGCUGACAUCACUGACAGAGUCUUUUCAUACUGGAAGGAAUUUCUUCACAGGAAUUUCUGCAAAAGACUAUGACAUCUGUGUGUCUUUGAACUCAGGAGGCACCUGGAGGUGCAUGUGCAUGGAUAUGGGAAAUACGUGUAGAUUUGUCUGGGGAAAAGAUGUGUGUGUGUGUGUGUGUGUGUGUGUGUGUGUGUGUGUGUGUGUAGCUGUAUGAGGUAUCACGUAUACUGUUGUUUCUGCUGCUGUUCUGGUCUGAGGGAGGAAAGCUAAGGCUGUAGCGCAGUAAGAUGGUAACUCUCCACGGCUGAAGACAGUUCAGCAGAGAGUCUCAGACUGUGAGGCCCACCAGCCUCCGCUCACUGAGCCAGUGUGGCGCUCCAGGCAGCCCACAUGUUGGCAUUUCUGCCCUCUGGAUACUACUCACUUGUCACUCUCUGGGUGCCAGGGGCUAGAGUGGGCGUAGUCAGGAGGACGGUGUGGGGCUGUUGGCUUAGGCAGGGAAACACCUCUCUCUGCACCACACCCAGGGGCUGCCUACUCCCAAGAAUUGGAGUGUAGCUUCCCACUCCCCACACCUCCAGCCCAGCUUACCUCCCCCUAGUGCAGAGAUUCUAAUUAGAUAAGAAAAUGCCAAAGGAGGCAAGCCAGAGAAAGCAUCUGCCGGGGCCACAAGGCCCACAGUGGCCCCAUCUGAGCCCCCCCCUCUCCCACCCCAGUUAGCAUCCCCCCACUCAUCAUCUGGGCCCCAGAGCUAGAGCUCCUCCACCCACCCCAGGGCUCUCUGCUUCGCCCUUCUAGAACAUGGGUGCCUCCUCUCUUUAGACUGCUGCCUCGCUGCUGACUUCUUGUGGGAUUCUAAUUCAACGUGUGUGCCCUUGAGAGCCCAGGGCAAGUGCCCUGUGAACACACUCGUUCCCUAGCAGGCCAGGGCACUGGACUGAGGCGGUAUGUACACAGCAGGUGGGGGUGGGAAGCUGGCAGCCUGCAGCUUCCAAGUCCAAGGAGAGAGCACAGUUCCCUCCUUCCCUGUCUGGAAGUGAAGGGGAAAGCCAGGGCCUUAGCUUGCCCUGCCCCCCACCCCAUGUAGAUACUGCCUUAACACUCCCACCCUAGGCUGUGGCUGCUACCCAGCCAGGUUUCUCCAAGCUCACUAAUUUAUUUCCAAGAAGGUGUGUGGAAGACAUGAGCCGUGUAUAAUAUUUUUUUUAACAUUUCCAUUGCAGUAUUGACCAUCAUCCUUGGUUGUGUAUCGUGUAACACAAAAUAAUGAUAUUAAAAGCAUCAAACAA